ACAGUUAUUUAAAAACUACACUUUUGUUUACAUUCCGUUUGUCCCGCACACAUUGUUUUUUCAUAUACGUUAAUUCACGUUAAUUUUCAACAUUUUCAAUAAAAAAUUAAAGUUCAUAUUAGUGUGAAAAAUGGAAAUAACUUCGGAGGAAUUACGUAAAAAAAUUCAACAACUAUUUCCCGAUCGUUCGUACAAUCUCACUAGUGAAAUACUCGACGAACUUUGCAGUGAUUCAACGUCAAGAGAUUUUUUAUUAUGGUUUAGCUCUGAAUUAUCGCCGGACAAUGUUUUAACAGAAGAGGAAAUUAAAUUAGAGGGACAAAUUAAAAAAUCCGGAAAAUGGCUGAAAGACGAUGAAUUGGAUGAAUGUCUCGCUGAGGCGACAGCUGAAAAUCCGGAUCUUCUACAAAUUUUAGAAUCAGAUGUUAAUAAGGACGAUUUAUCGGCGAAUUUCUCUUCUAUUAAAAUAGCGCACAAUUUUGACGAAAAUUAUCUACAUUCUCUUGAAAUGGGAACCAAGAACUUUAAAAAUAUAGAGAAUAAAUUGGAUGAGAGAAUAGAAAGGGAACAAGACGAAUUGGCGAAAUUGAAAUUUGGGGAAAAACUUGCUUUUGAAGAAUGUCUCGAAAUAAUGGAAAAAUAUGAGUCAAUUCAACGUCGACUUUCAGAGCAAGUUGAACAGCUUGUUACUAUUUAUUCCGACGCUUCUCAAAAGAAAUGUGCACCGAGUCUUUGGACGCAAUUGCCUUUGGAUUUAUUUAUAAAACAUAUGGAAACUUAUAGUGAAUAUUUAAAACUUUACAUUAAAAAAGAAUUUGGGACUGAUGAAGUUAAUGAAGACGAACGCACGUCUUCGAUUAAUACCGAGCCCGAUAUUAAUUUGGACUAUUCCGACGAGAAGCAAAAUUUGGAGAAGAAAAUUCUCGAGUUGAAAACUAUUCAACAAAGGCUAAAUAAAUCAAAAUUAUCGCAAAUUCUCGCUAAAGGACGAAAGGAAGCAACACAGGCGAUGAUUGAUUGCGCGCAAAAAAUUUACAAUCAUGGAAAUGUUUUAAUGCCCAAAACUUUAGCGCUUCUCAAAGCGGAAAUUAUGGAACUAAAAGUGAAACGUGACAAUUUAGAGAAACAAGUGACAAUUUUAAGGGAACAUCAAAUUCCCGAGAGUGUCGAUAAAUUUGUGAGUUCAAUGUUAAAUAAAAUUCUUGUUGAAAAUGCAAAGGCAACGGAUGAACGGAGGGAAUUUUCAAUAAAAAAAUUGAAAAAUCUUCUCUCCCUCGUAAGAAAUCGCGGCCACAUGCAUUCGGAUUUACUUUAUAUUCUAGUUGAGCUGGAAAAUCAAAAACUAACACAAAUCGAGGAAUUUGUCACUGACGUUCGUAAUUAUCUCGAAAUGGAAUAUUCGUCGUGUACCAAACGUUACAUUUGGAUGGUGAAAGCGAAAAAUCAAUUGAACAGCUCCUCAUUCGAAAAUGACAAUUUUUUCAUUAAAUAUUUUACAGCCAUGAUGGAAAUUGAGGAAAAUCAAAAUUCACUGGGAAUGGCAAUUGAGAAAUUUAGUCAAAUUUUGGAAGAAAAUGAGAAAUUAAGUGAAAAUAUUUGCGAGUCAAUGAAUAAUAAUGUAAAUAGUUUACAAUUAUUUGAUCGAAAUAUGAUUGAAAAUUAUAAUCGUGAAAUACAAAAUUCCGGGGGAUUUUCCCUUGAGGUGGAAAAUCAAAUUGUUAGAAUGGAGAAAAAUCUUUGUGGAGUACAGACUGAAGUUAUGAUUGUUAGAAAUAAAUUAAAGGAAAUGAUGGAAAAAAUAAAUGGAUUAGAGAGAGAAAAAACGAUUCUUUGGCAAAAAUUUCUAGCCGAGCCGGAAGAAUUAAAACGAAGAUACGAACAAUUAAUGGAAAUGUCGAAUCAAGUUCGUUGAGAAUAAAUCUUUUUUUUUCUUCUUU